CAUGAGUGGGGGAGGAGCCGAGAGAGAGAGGGAGACACAGAAUCUGAAGCAGGCUCCAGGCUCUGAGCUGUCAGCACAGAGCCCGAUGCGGGACCUGAACUCACUGACGAGAUCGUGACCUGAGCCAAAGUCGGAAGCUUAACCGACUGAGCCACCAACGCGCCCCAUAAAAUUCACUUUUUAAGGGUACAAUUGAACAGUUUUUAAAUCAGUUUAUAGAGUGUGCAGCCCUCAUCACAGUUUAAUUGUAGAACAUUUCCAUCUCCCCAAAACGAUCUCUUAUGCUCACUUGCAGUCACCCUUCAUUUUUUGUUUUAUCCUUUAUUCUUGUGUAAUGGUAAAUGCUCAGAUACAUUCAAAUGCUUCUCUCAUCUAAUUAUUAUCAUCAGAGUAGUAUGGGCAUUUUAUAAAAGAUAAAACUGAAAUUUAGGGAGGUUACUGAACCUAAAAUGUAUGUCUAAUAUAUAAUCAGAAAUAACAAUCAUUUAUCUUUACGUAUCUCAUGUACUAAAUUACCAUGCCUCAACUGUUUAUAGCUCAAUUGAAGUUUGGAACUUAGAUUACUUUAAGGUAUUUAAGAAAUUAGUUAAUAGGUAAUUGCCUAUGUUGGUUUUUGGUUACUAGACAUUUUUGAGAAUCUUUAUUAGCAAGGAUACCACUCUACAUCUAGAUUAUCAAAUAGUCCUUGCUUAUAACUAAACGACAGGUAUCACUUGACAAUUUGAGGUACUGUGCAUUGGGAGAUAAAGGGUCCUGUUGAAAAUUGAUAACCUUUGCCUUUCCCGUGAUGAUUACAGAAAAAUAAGGGAGGACUUCUUUUUGGUUCCAAAAUAUUCAUCCAGUAAAUAGUUAUUACAUACAUGCCUGAGUUAUUCUUCAUACUCUUCUGAUAUUGUUAUUUUUUUUUAAUGUUUAUUUAUUUUCAGAAAGAGUGUGCAAGUGAGAGAGUACUCACGCACACAAGCGGAGGAGGGCCAGAGAGCGAGGAGAGAGAAUCCCAACCAGGCUUCAUACUGUCAGCACACAGCCCGACAUGUAGGGCUUGAUCCCACAUACUGUGAGAACAGGACCUGAACUGAAAUGAAGAGUCAGACAUUUAACGCACUGAGCCACCCAGCAACAUGAACCGUGAAGACCGAAAUGUGCUGCGUAUGAAAGAACGGGAAAGGCGGAAUCAGGAAAUUCAGCAGGGCGAAGACGCCUUCCCACCUAGCUCUCCUCUCUUUGCUGAACCAUACAAAGUUACUAGCAAAGAAGAUAAGCUAUCAAGUCGUAUUCAGAGUAUGCUUGGAAAUUACGAUGAAAUGAAGGAUUUCAUAGGAGACAGAUCUAUACCAAAGCUUGUUGCAAUUCCCAAGCCUACAGUACCACCAACAGCAGAUGAAAAAUCGAAUCCUAAUUUCUUCGAACAGAGACAUGGGACCUCUCAUCAGAGUAGCAAAUGGACUCCAGUAGGACCUGCUCCCAGUACUUCUCAGUCUCAGAAACGGUCCUCCGGCUUGCAGAGUGGACACAGUAGCCAGCGGACCAGUACAGGUGGCAGUGGUGGCACUAAUAGUAGUGGCCAGAGGCACGACCGUGAUUCAUACAGCAGUAGUGGGAGCAGCAGUCGGAAAAAAAGCCAGCAUGGAUCAGAACACUCCAAAUCACGCUCUUCCAGCCCUGGAAAACCCCAGGCUGUUUCUUCAUUAAGCUCCAGUCAUUCCAGAUCUCAUGGGAAUGAUCACCAUAGCAAGGAACAUCAGCGUUCCAAAUCACCUCGGGACCCUGAUGCAAACUGGGAUUCUCCUUCCCGUGUACCUUUUUCAAGUGGGCAACAUUCGAAUCAGUCUUUCCCACCUUCAUUGAUGUCAAAGUCCAGUUCAAUGUUACAGAAACCCACUGCCUAUGUGCGGCCCAUGGAUGGACAGGAGUCCAUGGAACCAAAGCUGUCCUCUGAGCACUACAGUAGCCAAUCCCAUGGCAACAGCAUGACCGAACUGAAGCCCAGUAGCAAAGCACAUCUUACCAAGCUGAAAAUACCUUCCCAACCAUUGGAUGCAUCUGCUUCUGGUGAUGUGAGCUGUGUGGAUGAAAUUCUUAAAGAGAUGACGCAUUCAUGGCCUCCCCCUCUAACGGCUAUUCAUACACCAUGCAAAACAGAACCUUCCAAAUUUCCUUUUCCAACUAAGGAAUCUCAGCAGUCCAAUUUUGGCCCUGGAGAACAAAAAAGAUACAAUCCUUCUUCUAAAACUUCAAAUGGACACCAGUCUAAAUCUAUGUUAAAAGAUGACUUAAAACUAAGCAGCAGUGAAGACAGCGAUGGGGAGCAGGAUUGUGAUAAGACAAUGCCAAGGAGUACACCAGGAAGUAACUCUGAACCAUCACACCAUAAUAGUGAAGGAGCAGAUAACUCCAGGGAUGAUUCUAGCAGCCACAGUGGAUCUGAAAGCAGCUCUGGAUCUGACUCUGAGAGUGAAAGUAGUUCCAGUGACAGUGAGGCAAACGAGCCAUCCCAGAGUGCAUCUCCUGAGCCUGAACCACCACCAACAAACAAAUGGCAACUUGAUAAUUGGUUGAAUAAAGUGAACCCACAUAAAGUGUCACCAGCGUCUUCUGUGGACAGUAACAUCCCCUCAUCUCAAGGCUAUAAAAAGGAAGGCCGAGAACAGGGCACCGGGAAUAGCUACACUGAUCCAGGGGGACCUAAAGAAACAAGUUCUGCUACUCCUGGACGAGACUCCAAGACUGUCCAAAAGGGAUCAGAAAGUGGGCGCGGGAGGCAGAAGUCCCCUGCACAGAGUGACAGUACAACACAGAGGAGAACUGUAGGCAAAAAACAACCCAAAAAGGCUGAGAAGGCAGCUGCUGAAGAGCCCCGGGGAGGCCUGAAGAUAGAAAGUGAAACCCCUGUAGACAUGGCUACCAGCAUGCCUUCCAGCAGACACAAAGCAGCCACCAAAGGCUCAAGGAAACCCAAUAUAAAAAAGGAGUCCAAAUCUUCCCCUCGACCUUCUGCAGAAAAAAAGAAAUACAAGUCAACAAGUAAAUCUUCCCAGAAAUCAAGGGAAAUCAUAGAAACAGAUACCUCAUCCUCAGAUUCGGAUGAAAGCGAGAGCCUUCCUCCUUCCUCACAAACUCCUAAGUACCCUGAGAGUAACAGGACUCCCGUGAAACCCUCCUCAGUGGAGGAAGAAGAUAGCUUUUUUCGGCAACGAAUGUUCUCUCCUAUGGAAGAGAAGGAACUUCUUUCACCCCUCAGUGAGCCUGAUGACAGGUAUCCACUUAUUGUGAAGAUUGACCUGAAUCUCUUGACCAGAAUACCAGGAAAGCCUUACAAAGAAACAGAGCCACCCAAGGGGGAAAAGAAAAAUGUGCCAGAAAAGCACACAAGAGAGGCUCAGAAACAAGCCUCAGAAAAAGUUUCCAACAAAGGCAAGAGGAAACAUAAGAAUGAAGAUGAUAACCGAGCCAAUGACAGCAAGAAACCCAAAACAGAGGACAAGAAUUCAGCAGGUCACAAGCCAUCCAGCAACAGAGAGUCAACUAAGCAAAGUGCUGCAAAAGAAAAGGAUUUGUUGCCUUCUCCUGCUGGACCCGUUCCUUCAAAAGAUCCAAAAACAGAGCAUGGCUCUCGGAAGAGGACUAUUAGUCAGUCGUCUUCUUUAAAGUCAAGUAAUAACAGCAACAAGGAGAAUAGUGGCAGCAGCAAAAACAGUUCCUCCACAUCAAAGCAGAAGAAGACUGAAGGGAAGACUUCCACUAGCUCUAAGGAGGUCAAGGAAAAGGCUCCAAAUAGCUCUUCUAACUGUCCUUCCUCUACACCAACUCCUGAUGCCUCUAAGCCUCGGAGAACGAAGCUUGCCUUUGACGACAGAAAUUAUUCAGCAGACCAUUAUUUACAAGAAGCAAAAAAGCUGAAGCACAAUGCAGAUGCAUUGUCUGAUAGGUUUGAGAAAGCUGUAUACUAUCUUGAUGCUGUGGUAUCUUUCAUUGAAUGUGGGAAUGCAUUAGAGAAAAAUGCUCAGGAAUCCAAAUCCCCAUUCCCUAUGUAUUCAGAGACAGUGGAGCUCAUCAAGUACACUAUGAAGCUAAAGAAUUACUUGGCACCUGAUGCUACAGCUGCAGAUAAAAGGCUCACAGUACUUUGCCUGCGAUGCCAGUCUUUGCUGUACCUGAGGCUGUUCAAACUGAAGAAGGAAAAUGCUCUGAAGUACUCAAAGACACUGACAGAGCACCUGAAGAAUUCUUAUAAUAAUUCUCAAGCACCAUCACCUGGCUUGGGAAGCAAAGCUGUUGGGAUGCCUUCCCCUGUAUCUCCAAAGCUGUCGCCAGGCAAUUCAGGAAAUUAUUCUUCUGGGGCCAGUAGUGCUUCAGCAAGUGGUUCUUCGGUGACCAUUCCACAGAGGAUCCACCAGAUGGCAGCCAGCUAUGUUCAGGUUACGUCCAACUUCCUCUAUGCCACCGAAAUUUGGGACCAAGCCGAGCAGCUUUCCAAAGAGCAAAAAGAAUUCUUUGCUGAACUGGAUAAAGUGAUGGGCCCUCUCAUCUUUAAUGCAAGCAUCAUGACAGACCUGGUUCGAUAUACCCGGCAGGGACUGCACUGGCUUCGCCAGGAUGCCAAGUUGAUAUCUUGAACUGAACACAUUCUCGUUGCCUCUGAUUUUCUCCACAACACUGUGUCACAUCACGAAGGAAAACUGCCAUAACAUGCCACCUAGUCGACACUAAGAAUGAGGAAUGGUUUUUUC